AGCGAGGAAAGCAGCCUUGGGCGACGGGGACUUUCCCUGCGUACACUUCUCACUUGCCAAGGUCUGCCCUUCCGGUCAUGGAGACCAACAUAGUCACUUGCCGCUACACAAUUUUCGACUGAAAAGGAUUUUCAAGUUCGCCCAUCCGACACUACUUUUUAAAGACAAAUACACGACAGCCACAUAGAAGUGAGACGACCAAUCUCGGGUUGCAACCUCUGACAACACAGGAGUAGCAACGGCCAGCCCGGGAGGGUGCCUGCGACCCUCCCGCUCUGCACAGCCUCUGCGCCGCUAGGAUCCCCGCACCGGGGUUGUCGAGCAGACUACAUCUCCCAUAAUGCCGUGGGUCUUGUCCUCCUCCCGCCGUCCGGCAGAGCACUGUCUUCGCCAAUAGAAAAGUAGAGAUUCUAGAUGGCAUUCUUAGCAACCAAUGAGCAUGGUAGUGGGCAGGGUCCUCCCGGGCCCUCCCGUCCAUUGUUCUCGGUACCCCACGGGUUUAACUGGGGUGAGUGUCUUGCGGCCCGGCACAUUCUGGGGGCGGUUUUGCGCACUGGGUAACCCCCCGGGCAGGACGUGGUGCUGGGAGAGGGCUUCUGGAUGAGAUUUGAAGGAGGUGUCUUUUCGGAGAGCCUGGCUGGAGAAGACAAGGGUCAAGGCCUGAAGCCUCGAUGAUCGUCCAUGAAGCUGGAUGAUGGCUGCAGAGGUGCCGGCAGUGACCGCUCCCCUGAGCCCUUUGCUUCAGGUGCUUCCAGUGGAAGACCAAGAGGAGGUAGCAGCCACCACUGAGGUCCUGGAGGAUGACUCCUGGGUGCAGGAGGCCGUGCUGCAGGAGGAUGGCCCUGAAUUCGAGCCCUCUGCCCAGGAUUUUGGCCAGGGCGGCCCACAGGAGGAGCCAGCAAUUGGGGGACCACAGAGUGCACUUGGCCGCCUCCGAGAACUCUGUCAACGCUGGCUGAGGUCAGAGGUGCACACAAAGGAGCAGAUGUUGACCAUGCUGCCCAAGGAAAUUCAGGCGUGGCUGCAAGAGCAUCGGCCUGAAAGCAGCGAGGAGGCGGAGGCCCUGGUGGAAGACUUGACCCAGACCCUUCGGGAUGGUGGAUUUCAAGAGUUCAAUGUAGUGACUCGGCUGCAGGCUGCUUUUCAGCGAGGUGCUGGAAGACAUUUGCGCUUCGGAGCACAGCCAUCUGGUUCUCUGAGAAGAACGCAACUGUGGCUGUGGCCCAACAGACUGCAGUGCAGGAAGAGCUUCGCAUAAUGAAACUUGGAAGAUUCCCAAUGAGAGCAGCAAGUUUUCCUUCUAGGGAAUGACUGGACCAGAGCCCUCUGCCACAGCUUUUCACAUUUCUCCUCUCAACAAGCAUCAGAAUCCUGGGAGGCCCUCAUCCACCUCUGCAAGGUCUAUUGCCAGUGGCUGAGACCAGACAGUGGUAUGAAAGAGCAGAUCCAGGAGUUGCUGGUUCUAGCACAGUGCUUGAGCCUCCUUCCCAGGAACAUUCAGAUCUGGGGCCCCAAGAGCAUCCUGAGGUGAAGAGGCGGCCACGGCCCUGCUGGGAGAUGGCUCCAGGUAAGAUAGGAGGGCGAUAGGUAGAGGGUCAGGUAGAGCCUGCUCGGUGGCCACCAGGUGGGUGAUAUGUGAUACUCUGCCAUUUGUGUCCAACUGGAAUUUGCUAUUCCCUGGUCCUGGAAGCUGCAACUUUCCCUCCGAGUUCAGACUGGCUCUUCAGAGAAGGCCCAGCCCUUGCUUUUCUGAGUGUUGCUCCCUGCUGUCAAAUAAGAGAACUGCCUGAACCACCUCAAGCAGCACAUGUGACUGGGAGGACAGUUCAAAUUCUGCUGCAGCCAGCUGAGAGUGGGUGGCUCCACUGGUCACUGUAGGCACUUCUGGGCUUGUUACAGAACAGCUGAAUCAUUUGGGUCAGUGGGUUUUAUUUUUCAAGGCAGGGUCACCUUACAGAGAUCCUCCUGCUUCAGCCUCUUGAAUGCUGGGAUUACAGGGGAUGCCUCCUUGUUUGGCUUUUGCCAGCAUUUAUUAAGUGUUUCCCAGACCCAAGCUACAAACUGCUUUCCUGCUGGGAGAACAUGGAGGUAAGGCUUCCUGAAGACACCUUUAAGAAAUUCUCGUGCCAGUGAUAUAGCUGAAUGACACAGUGCUUGCCUGGCAUGUGAGAGGUCAUGAGUUCAAUCCCCAGUACAAAAAAAAAAAAAAAAAAAAAAAAAAAUCUUAAAAACUCUAAUGUUGAAAAUACAAAAAAUCAAACCAAAACAAGCAAAAAAACAAAAACAAAAAACAAUGACAUGUAGAGUCUAUAGCUUAUCACAGUCCUUUUUGAUAAAUGACAUUUAUCUGGGUGAGUUCUUUGUUUUAAGAAAAAAAGCAUUAGUGAAUAAUCACAUUUUAUGAAUCUAAUUAGGUGCCAUGAUAGUAUGUAUAGAUUGUGCUCUGUUUCAUGAUUAAUGAGUUUCUGGGAAGCUGUCAGGAAAGAGUGUAAAAGUAAACACAAUGGAAUCUACUUUAGGAGUCAGAAACUGUUCCAUGUAUUUCUGAGUCCUGUUUCUUCUGCAAUCAGAGGCCAUCCGGGGACUCUGCUCCUGCGCAAGCCCAGAGCAACCCUGCACCUGUACCACUGGGCUGCCAUCCAGGCACACGGUGGCUACAGUACCUGCAGCAGUUUCUCAUGGCCUCACAGAAAAUUCCCCAUAACUCUUGCUUGGGUGCUCAUAGCCCCAUGCAUCCUGCCACUUUCCUGUUCUCUGGGACUUAGCUUUGGCAGUGGCACCCUGUAGCAGCAAAGGAAAGAGUCUGGCCAUGUGAAGACUCCACAGAGGUAAGGCCCAGCCCAACCACCCUGCUCUCCUGUAGCUGCUCCCACCUGCCCUGCCAACCCCAAGGCAAAGCAGAGGGCUUCCAGGCAAGGAAGCACAUGCCUAUAACCCCAGUGCUGGGGAGGCUAAAGCAAAAGAUCACUGCAAGUUGACCCUGUCUUGAAAAUAAAACAAAACAAAGCAAAACAAAACAAAAACUCAGCGAGGACUGACCAAAUGCCUGGGCUACAAAAAACCAAAACCAAGCAAAAUCAAAAACAACCAUAGUGGAUGUCAGAACCAACCAGUCUUGUUUAAUCCAGCCUCAUCAUCUGUCUUAACCAUGAGAUUUGGCUGUGCCCAAUUUCCGCUUUCCAAAAACAGACCACUUGCAGGAUGCCAAUUUGCUGUCAUCACUGAGACUUUGUAAAAAGUCUGUUGUUGGAGACAAUUUCAGAAGUAUUCCACAAAUCUGAAUUCAGAAUUUUUCACAAGGUUAGCACUAUGGCCUGUGUCUAGAUGUCCCCCCAAAGCCUCAUGGAGUCAUGGGUGGGGCUUUUUCAAAGAUGGCUGGAUCUAGAAUUUGUGAGGCUGUGAUUGAUUCAUGGUGCAAUGCUAGGAUCAAGGGUCCUAGGAUUAAGAGUUCGAGUGCUACCCGCCCUUAGCAGCCUGGAUAAAAUAUAAGGGAUAGAAAGAGCCGUGGCUGUUCCUUGCUUGGUUGCUUUGCUACCUUCUGCCCCCAUGAACUGUCUCAAUGUGACCCUACCUUGGAGCCAGCUGAUUAUAGACUGAAAUCUCUACAAACUGUGAGCCAAAUAAACCUUUCCUCCUUUAA